AUGCCGAGCGACAUAAGUGCAGUCGACUACAACAAGGACGGCCGAGUCAGCUACCACGAGUUUGUUGUAGCUAUGACACUCGAUGAAAACAACAGUACAUCUAGAGACGCAUUUCAUACAGGAGGCGACAACGCUGAUGGCACCAUUGACAAAAAGGACUUCGACAGGGCUGUAGGCGUGACCAUGUCGUGGUUGUUCAAACAAGGAGAUGGAGAAGAAGGAGAAGACAACGACGCAGAUGAAGACGACGACAACGACAACGACGACUUGGACAAAGACGAGAACGAUGACGACGACAACGUUGACGAUGACGACGGCGACGAUGACAUGGACAAAGAGGCAAGACAUCAAAGUGAGGAUGGUGAGAAAAAAGAAGAGUAG